CAACGGGGAAAAAGAGGGACUUGAGUCACUGAUAUUGUGCCGUAUCACCUUGCUUGUCACAGCAGUAUAUUUUUUUAACAAAUAACCAACCAACGUAAUUUGCCGGCGAGUUUGGUCGAUGUCUCAAGCGGAGGAGGGCAGUGUUGCUGAGUCUACCCUGUCAAAAAUAAGGAAGAAGAAAAGCGGUCAUCGGACGCGAAGAAGAAGACAAAUUUGGGGGGAAACAUGGCUUCCUCUGCUGGUUGUGAGCACUAUGUUCGCAGCUGCUUAUUGAAAGCACCUUGCUGUGGUAAACUGUAUGUGUGUCGGCUGUGCCACGAUGCGCAGGAAAACCACCAGAUGGAUAGAUUCAAAGUCAGAGAGGUGCAGUGCUCCGAGUGUCAGACAGUGCAGCAGGCACAGCAGACUUGCCAGCAGUGUCGCGUGAAGUUUGGGGAGUAUUACUGUGACAUUUGCCACUUGUUCGACAAGGAUAAGAAGCAGUACCACUGUCAACCCUGUGGAAUAUGCAGGAUUGGGCCCAAGGAGAAGUAUUUCCACUGUGAGAAGUGCAAUCUGUGUUUAGCCCAGGAUCUACAGGGAAAACACAAGUGUGUUGAAAAUGUGUCAAGGCAGAACUGCCCAGUAUGUAUGGAGGAUAUUCACACGUCCAGAAUUGGAGCUCACGUUCUUCCAUGCGGCCAUCUUUUACACAAGACCUGCUUUGAUGACAUGGUCAGAACGGGAGCGUAUCGCUGCCCGCUGUGUAUGCACUCUGCCUGGAACAUGGAGGAACACUGGGAUCAGAUAGACAUAGAAAUCGCCCAGUCACCGAUGCCCACUGAAUACGAGGGUGCGACUGUCAAAAUUAUAUGUAACGACUGCCAAGCCCACUGCACGGUGCCUUUCCACGUGCUGGGCAUGAAGUGCAGCAGCUGUGGCUCCUACAACACAGCACAGGAAGGAGGACUCAUCCAGCAGCCUCAAGAACAACAGCCAGAGGAGGACAUUGAGAACGAGGCAGAAACAGACACAGAGCCCGAGCAGCAAGAUCAACCUGAGUAACCCGCCACAUGGGCAUUACAGCCAACCACGAUCGAAAUUUACAACUUAAAUGUUGUAACUUAUAUUGAUUGUAACAGUAGACUGAGGCAAUAUUCCUUGAUUGUAUAUACUACAAAACAAAUUCCAUCUGUUUUCUGCGCCAGCUUAUCCUCAUCAGGCCAGGAACCUAUCCCAGCAUGCACUGGGUGAGAUAAAGGGUACACCAUGGACAGGUUUCCAGUCUACAACAGGACUAACACAUACACACAAACACAUUCACAGCUGAUUACAAUUUAGAGUCAUAGUCAAACUGACCUGCAUGUCUUAAGACUGGGAGAGGAAACCCACGAAAACAUGGUGAGAACAUGCAAACUCCACACAGAAAAGUCCCAGGAUGGUCUUGCUGGGGGCUGAAAGUCUGCUGAGCGACCAUGUGGCACCAUGACGAAGAAAUGAACUGAUCAACUGCUUCGAGUGAGGAAGUGCUGUUGCUUUAAAGGCUGUACAGCAUCUGACCAAUCAUGAUUGUUUUCUGUUAAGUUCAGGGACUGUGCCAGACGUCCUAUUUAAAUGCUCUCAGUAAAACAUUGUUUAAUCAAAGAUGUGUCCACUUGUCAUAUACACAAUAUCUGCCUGUGUAACUACUCGACACUCCACCAGGUUUGAAAAUGUGUCGGACACAAUUGAAAAUUAAAACUAGCUUCAUUUAGAAGUCAACAUGAUUAAUAUUGUAGUAGGUCUGCACACUAACUCUAAUGACAUGCUAGCAGCGGCUAACGGCAGUGGCUAUAAAGGAUCAGUAAAAGUGGGAUCCACACACAGGGUAUUAAAAAUGGACUGAGAGAAAUGGAAACAGUCACAUAGCAUUUGUGCAGAAAAAAAACCUUCAAAAGGUGCAGCUGUUUCAGUCCAUGUGUGGACUAUCCUCAGUACAACUUUUGGACCCCUUGCACUGGUCAUUUUUUGCUGUUUUCUGCAUGUGAACCAAAGAUUAAACAGAUAGAAUUUUCCUACGUUUCACUUAAUUCCUGAGUUUGGAUCUCGUUCCCAAUGAUUUCCUUGAUCAGAAACUGAUGCUACAAGUGUUGAAAUUUGUUUUAUUCAAAGGCACAAAGCAAAUGUAAAAACAGUUCCCCCCCAAAAUUCAGAGCACAAGACCAGAACUUCCAGGUCUUUGAAUUUUUGUCUUUUAAACCUGUGAUGCUACCUAAUAGGUUUGUUUACAUUACUUUUGUUUGUAAAAACUGAAAUUCAGCAGGGUAGUGCUUUGAGUAAUGAUACGUUGUGAAAUAUUACAAAUAAUUACUUUUCAUUGACAAGUCAAACAAUUCAGAUAUGUAUGUAAAUGUACUUUUAUUUUAGAUGGUCCAAAAUAUUACUGACUGGGACCUCAACCUGCUCAUCUUCUAAAGCCAGCCAAGCAGAUGACAGUAUUGUCUAAAAUAUAGCGUUGCUAAUAUGUUCUAAGUCCUGCCUAUUUGUUAUGGUAAACUAAUGUGAUGCAAUUACAACUGCAACACAUGCACCUACUGAAUAUUUCCUACUCAUAACAUACAUACAGUACUGUAUUUUUUGGUAUGGCUGCUGUGACAAAUGAUCCCUUAAUUCUGGUACCAUUUGUGUUUUUUGUGUCUUCGUUACUUGGAGGUGUAAAGUUUGGUUAUCUUUACAAUGACGGUGAUACAAAAC